CUUUACAACGUCAAUCUAAAUUACGGGCAACACCUCAACGCAUCACUCUCUGGUGCAGGUGGGCACUUUACGGUACCUCAGAGAAAACAGAAACAACAUUAAGCUAGCAAGAGUUCGCAAGGUCGCUCGUGUGGAUAGUCACAGAUAAAUAAGGAAUUAGUUCGGACCUGGACCUGGUUUUAAAAAGUUGAGAGUUCCUGGUGUUCUGACAGUGCCAUUUACAAGCCAAACAGAAGAUAAACGUCGUUGCACUCAGAUUCUGAAUGACUAAACUACCAGGAAAUGCAGGUGUAUCGCUGCUCGGGGACAAGUCCCUGGAGUUCUACCGGGACCCGGUGAGCUUCUGCCAGCAGAGGAUCGAAAAACACCGGAGCAGAAUGUUUCUCUGCCGCCUAAUGAACAGACCGACAGCCUUUAUCUGCUCCGUGCGAGGGAUGAGAGAGCUGCUGUGUGAGAAGUCCAGUUUGUUUCUUAAGGAUCCAACUGACUUGAUGACAAACAUGUAUGGUGACACCAUUGUUACUACUAAUGGUGAGGAGGCAUGCCUUCUCCGCCUGUCACUUACCAGCCUCUUUACAGGAAGCUGUUUGGGAUCGUGGAGUGAUUAUAUCGCAAGUGUAUGUGAGCGCUGUCUGAAGGACCUCUCUGUCAGUGGUCAGCCAGAGAGUGUAUACACUGUUUUUAAGUCUCUGGGGACAGAGCUGGUGUUGGGCCUUUUUCUGAACGUACGAGCUGAGAAGCAACCUGAACUUUUCCAGGAAAUCAGUCAGCUGUGCACCCAGCACUGGCACGGCCUGAUCUCUGCUCCAGUAAAUGUGAAGGUUCCUAUGUGGUCGUCGGGUUUCUCCAUUGCCCUCGAUGCCAGGAACAAACUGAUGGACAUCAUCAAAGAUAAACUGGAGAAUGACAAAGAGGGUUUUGUUGGCUCUCUCGGUUCUUUGCCGCUGCCUGACUCAAGUUCUGCAGCCCAGCACCUCCUGUUGUUCAUUUCAGCGCUGAUCCCGAAAGCCCUGGCAUCACUGCUCACCUCCUUCACAUUGGCACUCGGUGGGAAUGGACAGGAGAAAGCCCGUCGUCAAGCAGCAGAAGACCCUGAUUACCUGUGCCGGGUGCUGCUGGAGGUGCAGAGGCUAUGGCCUCCUUUCAUUGGUGGACGCAGAAUAGCUGAUCAGGACUCCACGCUCAUGGGGUUUCAUGUUCCUAAAGAUUUUGGUGUGAUUUAUAUCAGCCAUGCCGUCCAUCGCGACCCGGAGGUGUUUCAGGAGCCUGAUGCCUUCCUGCCAGAGAGAUGGAGCGGAAGGAACGAAGGCCAUGAGCACUUCCUGUGUUCCUUUGGCAACGGGCCCAGGAGCUGCAUCGGAGCUAAACUUACCAACGUCUUUCUGAAGGUGACCUUCACACACAAGCGUGACAAAGAAUACAUCGACACACACUCUUUAAUUAUCACUGUAAAAGUGACUUCUUUAACAUAAAAGGUUUUUUAUGUGGGUUCUGGGGGGUUUUCUGGGGUUUUUUUUUUACUUCCUCUCUGAGACUCUGGUGCAUUUAAUGGCUUGUUGAAAGAUUUGUGGUCUCUGAGCCUCAGCUCUGCAUUUUAUAUUUUGGGCUUCUGGGUUACAUGUGGAGGGAAAUCGGCUGAAAAGUCGAUGGAAAGUUUACUUGCAAUGGAUUUAUCCUCUUUAGAGACAAAGCAAGCGAUGCAGCUGAUAAGAUGUGAAGUAAGGUCUCAGUUGAGCGAAAUAUUACUGAUGUGAGACUGAGGCAUCCAGUUAGGUUGUCUGUAGUUGUCCCCAAUAAUUUGACUAACAAAACUAAUAUCUUUCAAAAAAAAUUGACAGGAAGUUCUUAAUUUAGAUUUUCACACUCCGGAUGCUGAACAUC